AUGGCGUACGAAAUGACCAGCCCGCAGGACCAAACGAUUGUGCAGCAGCAAUGUGUUCCCGCGAGACAAGGCAUGUCGCGCUGGUGGCCAAUCUCCUUCUUCAUUGCGGCCAUCAUCUUCUUCAUCAUUGGGGGAGGUCUCAUGGGCGCAUGGGUUUCUAGCUACGACGGCUUGGGCUACUACACCGAUGGCAAUUGGUACGGGGCCAUCGCCUGUUUCGUGAUUGCCAGUCUGCUCAAGUUGACCGCCUGGGUUCUUCUCAUCAUUUGGUGCGUGAAGGGGAGGAACCGCGCCCAGUCGUCGACAACGGUCACCUACGUCAACCCGCCGCCCGUGAACAACGUGUAUGCCGCCGUACCGACACAGACGGCAGCGCAGAAUUAUUUCCAGCAACCUCAUAAUGCAGAUCCGAUGAAAUCACAGACGGCUGCUCCGGUGUAUCAGAAUAUCGAGCCUGGUGCGAUGCAGCAUGGGGAGACGGCGCGGUAUUGA